AUGACAACCGGGCUAACGUUCAACUUAUUGUCCUUCCUACUGCUAGGUCGUCUACUCACAGUGCGUCUAUCUACAGUUGACAGGCUGCCAGGUCUCUUUACUCUGAAUGAGCGAGUAGCCUAUCUGGGAGAGUGGGAUCAUGGAUUCUUCUCGAUGACUGCUGUUGGAGCAUUCGCCGUUGGCUCCAUACGUGUCGGUUUGGAUCCUAAUUUACGCACUAACGUUUCUGGUGCCCCUCCUGGAUCUUUUUCGUCAACUUCGUUAGUUGGCUUCGAGCCAACUUACAAUGAACUGGUGCUGAUGCAGCCAGGUUCAUUUCAACCUGAAAAGCAUUUGACGCCUGGUCAGAAGUUUGGUGAAUUUCGCCUGGGUUCUACAGUUGUUCUGCUCUUUGAGGCGCCUCGCGGUCAGUUUAAAUGGGCUGUGCGCGAAGGCGAUCGUGUCAAAAUGGGACAAGCUUUGCUUGAAUAG